AUGGAUGUCAGUUUCCCUUCUAUUCAGACCUUUUAUUCUAGGGAAUUACCACCCGGUUCUCAAGAUCCGAGUGAUGAGCUUUCGAAAUCGCAAAUGCCGGGAGAUGGCUUCACAUCUUCUGAAGUUGAAGCAGUGCUUGAUCCUCUAUCGCGACCUUGGAAGCCUUCACGACACUACGAAACAUGCCCAAUCUCUCUCCUUGAAACGGGCCCGCGUAACUACCAGAUAUCGGGAAGGGUUGUAAAUUUUGCCGAGAAUUUCCGUGAACAAGAUUUCCAUUUUCUUGUUGUGACCGAUGGAUCAGGGGCUAUUGCAGUAAGAGUGUAUUAUAUGAAAAUAUCGGAUUACCAGCUGCUUCUCGGUCAGAGAGUCACGAUAUGGACAACCUUCAUCGCCGACUCAACAGGGGCUUCAUCGAGUAGCAUACCAUUCUGUUCCUCAACUACAACCCUCUAUCCCGGCCGUAAUGGCGCAACGCACAUUGUCUUUCAUAACGAUGAUCCCGACUCGGAUGGAGAUCGCAUAUUGCGCCACCCGUUAGAGUGUGAUCUAAAGGAGUACGAAUAUCUCCCUGCGUUGAUGACGCUAAAGUCGUUUCUUUCUACCGGGUAUGAUUUAGGCGAGGGCAAGAUUUUAGUGUGUGUGAGAAGCGUUGGGCCACGUAGGACAGUGCAGUCGAAGAAAACUCAACAGACCCUUGAUAUGAUAGAAGUGGGCAUAUUCGACGACACUGCGACUUGCACCCUGAAGCUUUGGCAAGGCAAAGUCCCUUCGGCCAAGAGCUGGGUCCCCAACCAGACAAUCCUUCUCAUCUCUAAGCCCAUCUACAAGAAUAGGGGUACAUCCCCGGAGCUUGGGAUUGGUUUUAGCUCGAUGGUCGAUGUCAAUCCUGAAUUUCCUGAUGCCGAUUGGCUAAGGAAUAGGUUGAAGAAUAUGGCCAAGAAGCAGAGCAUCUAUAUCCCUUUUCCUUCUGGUACAUGGGACACCGAGCGGGCUAUCAAUGGUCCGGAUCGAACCUUAUUUACUAUCGCCGACGUAGAAGAUCGCGUACGUCAUCCCGAGCCUAUGGUAGAUUUCACCGGGAAGUUGAACGUAGUCAUUCUUGAAAUGAAGUUGAUGGAACAUUGGCGUAAAGGAACGCUCUGCUGUCUUGAAUGUUGUAGCAUGCCACUAUAUUCGAAUAAGCCCGUCGCAAUAUGCAAGAAUUGCGAAUUGAAGAGAGAACUCACGCUAAACCCACGUAUUAUCGGGUCGGUGGUUGAUGAAAGUGGUAUGAUUGCGGCUAAUAAGCUCGUAUGGCGCGACGGCGCUUGGACUCAACUCCUCUUCGGGAGCGCAGCAAACGAACCCCAAAAAGACGACUCGGAACCUGACUUGAUUGAGCAAUCAUGGGAGGAAUUGACCACUCUCGGUACCGACUCUCUAAGGGACAUGGAAGAAUUUUUGCUUUAUUCCCGUGUCACAUUGACCUUCGGCUGGUCCUCCCAGCUGGAAAAAGUCUGCAUAUUAGGAGCUGAGUGGUGA